GCACGCAGGCAGCUCCAAACGACCAGGAAACCACAACUUCCAAGUCCCAACGCACCAGCGAAACCGUGCGCGCAUGCCGGCCGGGACGAUGGCACCGCGCCAGCCGCUGCUCCCGAGCUUCCUCUACGCGCCGUCGCCGAGCGGGAACGGCAGGGAGGCGCCUGCGGCGAUGGCGGGGGCGCCGAGCGAGCCGCUCGGGAAGAUCGAGAUGUUCUCGCCCGCGUACUACGCGGCGUGCGCCUUCGGCGGGGCCGCGGCGUGCGGGGUCACGCACGCCGCCGUGACGCCGCUCGACGUUAUCAAGUGCAACAUCCAGAUCGACCCUGCCAAGUACAAGAGCACCUCAUCGGCGUUCGGCGUGGUCAUGAAGGAGCAGGGCCUCCGCGGCUUCUUCAGGGGCUGGGCGCCGACGUUCCUCGGCUACAGCGCGCAGGGUGCGUUCAAGUACGGCCUCUACGAGGUCUUCAAGAAGCAGUACACGGACAUCGCCGGCCCGGAGUACGCCGCCAAGUACAAGACCCUAAUCUACCUGGCCGGCUCGGCCACAGCCGAGGUGGUGGCCGACGUGGCACUCUGCCCCAUGGAGGCCGUCAAGGUCAGGGUGCAAACGCAGCCGGGGUACGCCAGGGGGCUGAGCGAUGGGUUCCCCAAGAUCGUCAGGUCUGAGGGCUACGCAGGGCUAUUCAGAGGAUUGGCUCCCCUUUGGGGGCGACAGAUUCCUUACACCAUGAUGAAGUUCGCAACAUACGAGAACAUCGUCGAGAUGGCUUACAAGCACCUCAUCCCCACGCCGAAGGACCAGUGCAGCAAACCUCUCCAGCUCGGAGUAAGUUUCGGAAGCGGCUACAUCGCCGGAGUCUUCUGCGCUACCGUUUCACACCCAGCCGACAACUUGGUCUCAUUUCUGAACAACGCCAAGGGUGCCACCGUUGGAGACGCUGUCAAGAACCUUGGCCUCUGGGGACUCUUCACACGUGGUCUUCCUCUUCGCAUCCUGAUGAUUGGUACCCUGACCGGCACGCAGUGGGUGAUCUAUGAUUCUUUCAAAGUUAUGAUUGGAGUGCCAACAACCGGUGGAGCGCCUGCUCCGUCUACUAUCCCAAUGGAGGGGCUGACAGAGCUGAAAGCAUCCGGUUGAUGUUCUAAAACUUUGACAGAGAACAUACUUUUCUAUCCCUACAAGAUUGGUGCUUGUAAUAUUUUUUUCUACCUAAGGUUUUGUCUCAAGUUGGUGAUUUUUUAUCAAUAGGUUAGUUACAGUUGUCUGCUGCAAGAAGCACAUACAAAAGGUAGAGGUUAUGUGUCCAAACGUCAAUAAAUCAUAUUGGAUGAAAUCAUAUUUUUGCACUGAA